UUACUGCUUCCAGUGAAAGGCAUGCAAUUUGUUCAAUUGCUCCUAGCUUGGGUUUUUUUAUCUAGAUUUAGGAGCCUAAUUAAGUUAAGUCGUAUGCUUCACGAUCGAUGAACUUGGCCAUUAAUUAUCAUGGUUACUGAUGGUAUUCUCAAUUGAUGGAUAGACAAGCUUGAUCUAUUGGUCUUUUCUUUUUCUUUUUGAGUCUUUAUAUACGGUGCUCUCUACUAUAGUAGUAGAAACGAUCUACACCGUCAAUUUGUGAGGGUAUGAUAGUACUUCCCAUAUCAUCGUUCAUUAGUUAUUUUUCUCCUUUCUAAAACAGAGUCCAUCACAACCGAAUCGAUCUCACAUUUGCAAGCCUCGUAUGAUACGUCCAUCAUUGCUCCAUUGGCACAUUCACAUACAACCCUUCCGUUGGCCCAUAGAGAGCACUGUAGAGACUGUUUUUUUUCCCUUUCAUUUUGCCUUUUAAUACAAAGCCUAAGAUUUUCUCCACUAGUAUACUCACUCGAAUUUUCACACACGGCCUUGGCUAUGAGUUCAGAUGAAAGUUGUUGGGGUAACAAAACUAGGUAAAAACUCAUUCAAUUUUUCUCCAAAUGAUGCACAUCUGAGGGCUUGUUUUGAACUUUCUCUCUGUAUUAAUUUCAUUCACAUUUAGUCUAUACCCUAAUCCAGGAUUUGAGAAAUUUCAGUUAAGAUUUAAAGUGCUACUAUUAACUCCAGUCUUUCUUAUAGAACGAGUAAAUUAUUAGGGAAAUUUUAUAGCACUUGACAAACUAUCUGUAAGUACCAAAGUUUUGUUAUUUUGAGAUACCUCAUAGGUGUAGGUAUCAAGUUUUAUACUAUAAAAUGUGGCACCUCCUGAUACCUUCUCAAGGAUGCUAAACUUGUCUAAUUAUUAGUCUUUAUUCUAAAAAACUUAUUACUAUUUAUUCUCAUCAUACAGAAGAGAGAUUGGUAACACGGACAAGUUACAAAUUCACCUAUGAAUCCAACUAAUGUACCAUACCAAUUGUUAAAAGAAAUUACAGAUGGAUUCUCUGAGGAGCGAAAGCUUGGUAAAGGUGGAUAUGGAACAGUUUAUAAGGGAGAGCAUAAAAAUGGAGAUAAAAUUGCGGUGAAGAUUCUUCACACGGAAGGGUUUGACGAUAAUAAAUUCAAUAAUGAGUUUGGGAACCUUAUGAUGGCCAACCAUACAAACAUUAUACGGUUAGUUGGAUACUGCUAUGAAAUAAAAUAUACAACUGGACUGGCUAAAGGAAGACUAGCUUUGAUUGCAACCAUAGAUAGAGCACUUUGCUUUGAGUAUAUGCCUCGGGGGAGCCUUGAAAACUAUCUUUCUGAUGAAGAUGAUGGUCUUGACUGGCCCAUACGGUACAAAAUUAUUAAAGGGACAUGCGAGGGUUUAAAACAUCUCCAUGUGGAAAUGAACCCACCUAUUUACCAUUUGGACCUAAAGCCUGCCAAUAUUUUGCUAGACAACAACAUGGUGCCAAAAAUUGCAGAUUUUGGUUUGUCUAGGUUCAUCACUGAAGAGAAAACAAUGAUCACAAAAAAUCUUGUUGGGACUCUCCCAUACAUGCCACGAGAAUACAUAGAGAGGAAAGAAAUAUCAAACAAGUUAGACAUAUUCAGCUUGGGCGCUGUAAUGCUAGAUAUAAUUGCAGGACCUACAGGACGCUUCAGAAGCACGAAAAUGCCUUCCCUAGAAUUUACCAAUCAAGUACAAGGGAAAUGGAAAAACAGGUUACAGACAAGAAGGAAUGGUCCCUUACUGGAAGCAUAUUGCCAGCAAGUAAAGACAUGCACUGAGAUAGCACUGAAAUGCCUGGAAAUUGAUAGGGAAAAUAGGCCUAAUAUAUUGGAAAUCAUCAAUCAAAUUAAUGAGAAAGAAGAUAUAAUUGGUGAGCUGCCGAUAGACCAUGCCUUGGAGAAGCUACCCUCAUACAACAACGAGUCUAUCAACCUUGAGAGCAAAUUGGCAAGCCAUUUGAACUUAAAUGAGACCAGAGAAAACCAAGAUCACCAUAACGAAUCAUGUUCCAAAGAGAAAGAGGAGGACCAGGAGGAAGAUCAGAUCAUCCCAAUGGAACAUCCUGAUUUUCCAAGAGAUGUGCAUCCAUCAGAGCCAUGGAUCUUGACGAGCAAUAUGUUUGGCUCAGUUGACAUCUUGAACUGUAAUACGCAGGAAACAGUGAACCUGAUUCAAGGCUCAUAUGGACCACUAGUUAUCGCGGCCAAGUUCAUCGCGCGAAAGCAAUGGUUUGUGGUUGGACAUCAAGAUGGUUUCAUAAGAGUUUACACAUAUGAGUCCCCAGUAAAGCAAGUGAAGAGAUUCAAAGCUCAUGUAUGGAACAUCACAACUUUGGAUGUCCAUCCAACUGAGCCUUACCUACUGUCAAUAGGCUCACAAGACCAGAUCAAGCUGUGGGACUGGAACAAGGGCUGGGAGUGCAUUAAGACAUUUGACCUCCAUGGCCUAGCAUAUCAAAUAAAAUUUAACCCAAAAGAUACACAUAAAUUUGCUGUUGCGAGCUUGAAGGAUGCACAGGUUUGGAAUAUCCGUUCUUCCCGUCAUGAAUUCACAUUGUCUGGGCACGGAUAUAUAGUGAGUUGCUUGGAUUACUUUACUCGAGGCAAUCAACUGUACAUGAUAACUGGUUCCUGGGACAAAACAGCCAAGAUCUGGGAUUGCCAGAGAAGGACUUGUGUUCAAACACUUGAAGGACAUACGGAUUGCAUUACCUGUGUUUGUUCCCAUCCAGAUCUUCCAAUACUACUUACAGGUUCAAAUGAUGAGACAGUUCGUCUGUGGAACUCCAUAACCUUCAAGCUUGAGGGUGUACUGGACUUUGAGCUCGGACAAGUUACUGCUAUAAUUUGUUUGAAGGGCUCAAAACGAGUUGUGAUUGGACAUGAUGCUGGAUUAGUGAUUACUGAAAUUCGCCAUGAAAAGCCUGGUCCCAGCAACAGAUAAGGAUAUUCAAACUGUUGGAGGGUUGGUGUCAAGCUAGGCAGACUGGAUUGGAGACAGAUAAUGGUACUGCGCUUAAUUAACUCAUUCAGAAGACUAAAUGAGCAACGUGGAGAGAAGACUUGGAUAACCAAAGUUUUGUAAUCUGACGUAGUGGAUAUUACCUGUAUUAAGAAAACAAACUUUGUUUUUUCUCAUUCCUUUUGCAUCCCAGUGCUUUUUUUUCUUUUUUGAAUGAAUUAACAGUCCCAGCAUAUUCUGAAAAUAUUUCUGUCGAGCAAAAAUAAAACAGAGUUUAUAGUUUCAAAACUUA